AUGAAUAUUACUAAAAUAAUUGAAGAAAUUGUGAAUACAGGUUCAAGAGGAAAAGAUCUUUUAAUGGAAGCCUUUAUUAUUGGCUUAGCUUGGGGAAGAGGGUAUAAUAUAUAUAGUUUAUUAUAAAUUAGAGAAUUAAAAAAUCUAUAGAAUUUAUAAAAAGCAAUCUAAUAACUAAUAUCUUUAAAUCAUUAAAUUAAUAGCUCUCAAGUUUGCUCCUUUUAAAAGCUGGAUUAAUUCAAUGAAUAUCUUAACAAUGUAUUUCUUCAUUCAUAUUGAUAGAACUUACAAUUAUUCAAAAUUCCCAAAUUAUUUGCUUUCAUUUCUCCUCAUUAAUUAUCCUCACCUUAAAAACCAUUGUAAUCAAAUUAAUAAACAUUACAAAAUACAAUUAAUAAAUAGUAAUAAUAAUUUAACAUUUCCUGUGAUGAUUAAUCUUCGAAACUCUGUCAAAUAUGUCAUUUUAUAAUUGAGAUAUCUUAAAAUCAAUAAUCAAAACUCUCAGAUUGCUAACAUUAAUUUCAUUCUUUAUGCCUAUAUAUCCACAGUUAAUAAAAUGGAAACUUCUGUCCAGUUUGUAAGAAUCAACUAGCAAAAGAUUAUAUUAAAGUUCUACUCGAGAACUUACCAGAAUAAUACAAAUCAUGCUGUCCCAAUUAAAAAUGUUUUGAUUCAUUCUUAUACUAUGGAUAAGAUUUAUUUGAAUGUAACUCUUGUUUAACAUAAUGGUGUUUAAAAUGUAAGAGAUAAUAACAUUAAAACAACAAUUGCAUUCUAGAAUUUGAUCAUUUUCAUAUGUAAAUGGGAUUCAAAUAUAAAUUUUGUUCAAACUCUCAAAAAUUUUUAUUCUUAAAUAAACUACCAAGUUAAAAUAAUUUAAAAAAAUGUUGA